CCUACUUUUACAUGCAGAAUAGUGCCAACGCGUACUCCUUAACUUAAAAAAACGGGUGUACUCAAGCAGAAAAAACUGCAGGUUUGACACACAUUAGGGAAAAUAUGCAGCUGCUUUUUUUGGGGACAAUUGCCCUGCUUGUUGGGGUCACAUUUGCUGUGCCCGCGCAGGAAAAGCGUGUGCAUCGGCAGCCUGACCUCAGUGACCAUGUUCACGAUGAUGCCCACGGUUACCAGUAUGACCAUGAGGCCUUCCUGGGCAAAGAGGAAGCCAAGACCUUUGACCAGCUAAGCCCUGAGGAGAGCAAAGAGAGACUAGGAAGGAUUGUGGAUCGGAUUGACACAGAUAAGGAUGGCUUCAUCAGCCACGCAGAGCUACAUCACUGGAUUAAACACAGGCAGAGGAGGUACAUUGAGGAGAAUGUGGACAAGCACUGGAAAGAAUACGACCAGAACAAGGAUGGAAAGAUUGCAUGGACCGAGUACAAAAACACUACCUAUGGAUUUUACACUGAUGAAGAGUUUAAUGAUGUUGAAGAUAAGGUGAGUUACAAAGCCAUGCUCACUAGAGAUGAGAGGCGAUUUAAGUCAGCAGACCGGGAUGGGGAUGGCCUCGCUACCAGGGAAGAGUUCACCGCCUUCCUCCAUCCAGAGGAGUUCGACCACAUGAAAGACAUUGUCAUACAGGAAACAAUCGAGGACAUUGACAAGAAUGGUGAUGGCAAGAUUAAUCUGCAGGAAUACAUUGGGGACAUGUUCAGCGCUGAAGAUGGAGAGAGUGAACCAGACUGGGUCACUACAGAAAAGAAACACUUUUCAGAGUUCAGAGACAUUAACAAGGAUGGUUUCCUUGAUGCCAGCGAAGUAGUUCAGUGGAUCCUCCCAGGAGAGGUUGACCAUGCUGAUAAUGAGGCCAGGCAUCUCAUUCACGAAACUGAUAAAAAUAACGAUGACAAAAUCACCAAGAAGGAGAUACUGGCAAACUGGAACAUGUUUGUUGGGAGCCAGGCGACAAAUUACGGAGAGGAUCUCACCAAAAGACAUGAUGAGCUUUAAUGAUCUUAUAUCUGGGUCUAGGGGAGGGAAUACAUGUUCGGUGUUGAAGAGAUAUUGAGGAGGGCAUUUGAUAAGAAAAUGACAGUAAAUUCUCCUUAACCUGUUAGGUAGGACCAUUUCCAAAGUCAAAGGAUUUAGGGGGUUGGGAUUUGGGUUUCUGGGUUAGAAUCUUACCAAGACAUAUAGUUUAAUUUAUUGUCAAACACAUUUCAUUUAUUGCAUUUUUCAGGGGAAAUGAAAUCUUAUAACUUUACAUACAUAAGAAUGAAGAACACUUACAUUCCUUAUGAAUAGAAACUCCACCUCACUUAUGUUACGUGAGGCUAUUGACAAAGUCUUCCACUUGUUAGAGCUCAGAGAUGCUCAGGAAUUCCGCACUGAAUACAGGGCCGGUUACAGGUAGAGACACUUUAACAGGCCUGUUUUAACUGUUACAAACAACCCGAUCUCACACCAAAGGUCUGCGAUUUCACAUUUAAUGUACCACUUUUAUGAUUAUAAGCAUAGAUGGGAGAAAGGAGAAAUGAAGCCAGAAAGGAGAAAUGAAGCCAGGGCAAGAAGGGAGAAAAAAGGAGACAGAAGUGAUUUACACUGUAUUGGUGCAACAUUUUUCUCUCUGUGAAUUCUAAAUAAA